AUGUCACGUGGUUAGCAGUACCGCCAUUUUGCCGAGUCUAGCGAGUGUGGAAAGGGUUUGCUUCAGGGGAAUUUUCGCGUUUUUUUUCGCGGUGUAAGGGGUAGUUCAGGCAUUCUUAAGCAUUCCGCGCUUCCACAGAAGGUAGGAUGUCGUUCAACCGUGGUAGGCCAUUCCCUGGGCGGAACAGUAGCAAAGGUGAGAUGACGACCAAGUUAUAUGUGGGAAAUGUGCCACAGCCUGCUCGGAAGAAAGACUUGCAGGACUUGUUCGAGAAAUUCGGCAAAGUAAAUGAGUGUGACAUUAUCAAGAACUAUGGCUUUGUGCAUAUGGAUAAUGAGCAGGAUGCUAAUGAUGCCAUCAAGGCGUUGACCAACACUGAAUGGAUGGGAACAAGAAUCACUGUUGAGAUGUCCAAGAGUAAGGUGCGCACACAACCAGGCCAGGGGAGCCGGGGAGAGUGCUACAGAUGUGGCAAGAUGGGCCACUGGUCCAGAGACUGCCCUACAGACGGGGGGAAGAGAGGCAGGGGCGGCGGUGGUGUUGGCGGUGGCCGUGGUCCACCCCCACCUGCGUACGAUGACGGGUAUGACCGGGACCGGGGAGAUCGGUACGGAGACUACAUGCAGCGGAGACUGCCGCCUCCCCCUCCUGACUAUUACUACAGGAUGCGCUACAUGGAUCCGGUAUAUGACAGAUACAGGGAUAGGUACUAUGAGAGGCUGUCUGAAAGCAAACACAGGUUAGGACCCAGCACAAUAGGCACACCUUCUUCUGUUCCCAUACCAAAUCUGAAGAAGGACACCCCCAUGGUAUCAGCACAGUUGUACUGCGAGGCAGAGAUGGGAAACUGGACACAGAUCUCAACACAACUGAGUCAGCAGGACCAUGAAAACCAGCUCUGUGCGAUGUUGCCAGCUUUUCACAAGCUGUAA